GUCAGGGUCAUUUAUGAUAUUUGAAGGGAAACAUAAUGCACUGGAAGUUCAAGGACAUCAGCCUAGAUAUUGCUUCAGAUAUAGUUAUGAUUGAAAAUGUUUUGCAGGGGAGAGGUCAAAGAGAUGUGGACAACGAGAACAGAAGGCAUUAAUAUCACAAGACAUAAAAGAAGCUUUGGUGACCAAGUGCUGUGUGAAAGAGUGCAUGAAGAAACUGUCUUUUGAAGUUAUCCACCAAUUGAGAUUGUCGUUUUGGAGGAAGACACAAACCAAACAGAGCCACUUCAUCAACAGUAAUUUGAGAGCAGUCUUCAGAUAUCAGGAACAAAGACUGUCAGAUGUUCUCUUCACCCUUGAAGGCCAUGAAGUUUGCAGUGUUUGUUGGUGUACUGUAUUCAAGAUCAGUAAAACCAGAUAUUUUCAUCAUGGGAGAGCUGUGAAGGACUGCCUACCACAAAAGGUUGAUCAAAGAUGUGAUCAGAACUAUGAUUCCCUGAAGUACCUGGAGGCAAAAGUGUGGCCGGAUCAGUAUUUCAAAAGACAUGGAGACCACAUGCCGCACAAGACUGAAAUCCAGCUGCCGUCUUGCCUUACAAAGAGGCAAAUCUUUGAUGCCUAUGUUGAAGAUAACAAUGAUCAGGGCAAGCCGGUGAUGGGGUAUAGCCGUUUUAAGGAGCUCUGGAGAGAGUUCUUCUCAUCCGUGAAAAUACUGAAGUCAAAGGAUUUCACACAAUGCUCUCUAUGCAUCGUGUAUAGAGAUGCACUACAAAGAAAGAACUUGGCAAAGGAAGAAGUCAAGGCCUUGAAAGAAGCAAAAAACAGGGACACUUAG